AUGUCCUCCCACAACACACAUCCCGACAACAAUAACAACAACAACAGUUCUGUCGACCACGACUCCUACACCCACUACUACAAUCUUAACUUCGACAGCUCCAUCUACCACAAAAACAACAACUCUGCCUUCUACUACAACUCCAACCUCUACUCCUACAUCAACCUCAACAGGAACGUGACUUGCAAUCCAUCCGUUGGACUGAUUUGUAAAAACAAUGAGCAAGGUCUUCAGCAAAAGUGCUUCGAUUACGAGAUACGAGUGAAAUGUUGUCAAUGUCCUCCCACAACACACAUCCCGACAACAAUAACAACAACAACAGUUCUGUCGACCACGACUCCUGCACCCACUACUACAAUCUUAACUUCGACAGCUCCAUCUACCACAAAAACAACAACUCUGCCUUCUACUACAACUCCAACCUCUACUCCUACAUCAACCUCAACAGGAGCAUCAACUACCCAGUGCAGGGGUGAAGAAAGUUGUGUGUGGUCAGACUGGAUCAACCUUGGUCAGCCAACCUCUGGCUCUGAAGGUGGAGAUAAUGAAUCCAUUAAGAACAUCAUUGCUAGUGGUUAUCACGUUUGCUCAGCUCCAGAGGCAGUUGAAUGUAGAGCAAAACAAUACCCUGGACUUCAGAUCUCUCAGCUUGGCCAAGACGUGACUUGCAAUCCAUCCGUUGGACUGAUUUGUAAAAACAAUGAGCAAGGUCUUCAGCAAAAGUGCUUCGAUUACGAGAUACGAGUGAAAUGUUGUCAAUGUCGUCCCACAACACACAUCCCGACAACAACAACAACAACAACAACAGUUCUGUCGACCACGACUCCUGCACCCACUACUACAAUCUUAACUUCGACAGCUCCAUCUACCACAAAAACAACAACUCUGCCUUCUACUACAACUCCAACCUCUACUCCUACAUCAACCUCAACAGGAGCAUCAACUACCCAGUGCAGGGGUGAAGAAAGUUGUGUGUGGUCAGACUGGAUCAACCUUGGUCAGCCAACCUCUGGCUCUGAAGGUGGAGAUAAUGAAUCCAUUAAGAACAUCAUUGCUAGUGGUUAUCACGUUUGCUCAGCUCCAGAGGCAGUUGAAUGUAGAGCAAAACAAUACCCUGGACUUCAGAUCUCUCAGCUUGGCCAAGACGUGACUUGCAAUCCAUCCGUUGGACUGAUUUGUAAAAACAAUGAGCAAGGUCUUCAGCAAAAGUGCUUCGAUUACGAGAUACGAGUGAAAUGUUGUCAAUGUCGUCCCACAACACACAUCCCGACAACAACAACAACAACAACAACAGUUCUGUCGACCACGACUCCUGCACCCACUACUACAAUCUUAACUUCGACAGCUCCAUCUACCACAAAAACAACAACUCUGCCUUCUACUACAACUCCAACCUCUACUCCUACAUCAACCUCAACAGGAGCAUCAACUACCCAGUGCAGGGGUGAAGAAAGUUGUGUGUGGUCAGACUGGAUCAACCUUGGUCAGCCAACCUCUGGCUCUGAAGGUGGAGAUAAUGAAUCCAUUAAGAACAUCAUUGCUAGUGGUUAUCACGUUUGCUCCUCCAUCUACCACAAAAACAACAACUCUGCCUUCUACUACAACUCCAACCUCUACUCCUACAUCAACCUCAACAGGAGCAUCAACUACCCAGUGCAGGGGUGA